UUUGGAAACAAUGACUCGGUCGACACGUGCCACGAACUCGCGCGCUUCUCUCCUCGGAAAAGUGUCCUGACAUUUGGACAAAGACGAGGAGUUUGGCGGUGGAUGAUCCGUUCCGUAGUUUUAUGUGAAGCUUUCUUGGAAAUAAGAUACGAUGGCUUAUACGUGGGAACUGUACGUCUUAAAAGGAUAUAUCACAGACGACUUGCGUCGCAAUAAGUUGUCUCUGUAUAGCUUUCAUCGUUAGUGUCGCGACUGUUUCGUAUGUUAAUUUAGGGUCACUUGCGUUUGUACGUACACGCGCGUUCGUAGUCAUGCCAGAUUUAUCGGUAGCUAUGCGCGGACAAGAAAACUUUGAUCUGUCGCUUCUCCGACGACGUCUGUAUCCGAUUCAACGAAAUUUUGUUAAAAAAGAAAAAAAAAAAGGAAGCGAGAAAAUUUGUUGAAAAACCAAAACAUCUUUCAGAUGAAGCUGCUCGUCGUCUUGACGCUCGUGGCCUUAGCGGCAGGACAUCCGGGACUGUUGCGGAUUCCUAAAGUGUACAACGCCGUGAUCACAAGCAAUCAAAACUUAUCUCCGUCGAGGGCAUUCCCGGUGAUACAACCAGUGAUCCAUCGAACGGCGAUCGGUUACGUACCGCCGUUAUAUUACGCGCAAGUAGCGCCUCAUGUUUCCGGGCCAGAAUUGGUGCAUUAUCCUCGGACUGGAACGAAAUCAGGUAGCGAGACGGAAACGGUUGAAACGGAAUUGUCGACGGCUGCGGAGUAUUCGAAAUUGACCGAGAACAAAGGAGAAGAAGAAGCGGCGCGUCGGGGUUCGGAGAAAGACCAAGGUGAACCGAGAUCGGGGUUGCGAAACAAGCAGGAAGAACAACAGCCUCUGAGCUUCUACCCUAACUACCACUCUCUUCAUUACGAUCCUUACUUUUACACGUACAACGGGAUCAACCCUCACCUAGUCCCGGGAACGUAUUACGUAGACUAUCAGCCCUACGGAACCCUGGAGCCCAUUCCUGCGUCCACGCCGAAGAAUGGUCUUUCCGGUCAUCUGCUUCCAGGUUACCACGAGGAGAAGAAAGAUGCGGCGAAGGCCGAAAAGGAAAAGGUGCCGGAUGUGCCGCCGCCGCCUCUUCCGACAGCGGUACCGAAAGAUCCUUGAAGUAGAAGCUGCGGUCGUCGGGCAUCGAAUCCUUUCGUUAAGGUCGUUGUCGAGAUUAGACUGAUUCGCAUUAGACUCGAUCCUCCGUGUGGUCUUCGCGACGCGAGAUUGUUUCGUCGGUACGGGUCGAUUUUGAAAAAAUCGCGUGUAGGAAAU